CGUGCCCGCGCCGGCGGCGGCCCCAGCCCCAGCGAGGGGCUCGGCUCGGCUCCGCCGCUCCCCCCCCCCAACGCCGCCUCCAUGGAGCGCCGGCCGCGCCGCCUCUGAUGCCCGGCCCGGCGCGCACCAUGGGGCCGCUGUGGCUCUGCUGCCUGCCCCUCGCCCUCCUGCCGCUGCUCGCCGCCGUGGAAGAGACGCUGAUGGACUCCACAACAGCAACGGCGGAGCUGGGCUGGACGGUGCAUCCUCCAUCAGGGUGGGAAGAGGUGAGCGGGUACGACGAGAACAUGAACACAAUUCGCACCUACCAGGUGUGCAACGUCUUUGAAUCCAGCCAGAACAACUGGCUCCGUACCAAGUACAUCCGGAGGCGAGGAGCACAUCGCAUCCACGUGGAGAUGAAAUUUUCUGUCCGGGACUGCAGCAGCAUCCCUAACGUCCCAGGCUCCUGUAAGGAGACUUUUAACCUCUACUACUUCGAGUCGGACUUUGACUCAGCCACCAAGACUUUUCCUAACUGGAUGGAGAAUCCUUGGAUGAAAGUGGACACGAUUGCUGCCGAUGAGAGCUUCUCGCAGGUGGACUUAGGUGGGCGGGUGAUGAAGAUUAACACCGAGGUGCGCAGUUUUGGGCCUGUCUCCAAGAAUGGUUUCUACCUGGCCUUCCAGGACUAUGGGGGCUGCAUGUCCUUGAUUGCCGUCCGUGUCUUCUACCGCAAGUGUCCUCGUGUGAUCCAGAAUGGGGCCGUCUUCCAGGAAACCCUCUCAGGAGCGGAGAGCACCUCGCUGGUGGCAGCCCGGGGGACGUGCAUCGCCAAUGCAGAGGAGGUGGAUGUGCCCAUCAAGCUGUACUGCAACGGUGACGGCGAGUGGCUGGUGCCCAUCGGCCGCUGCAUGUGCCGGGCAGGCUACGAGUCAGUGGAAAACGGGACUGUCUGCAGAGGCUGCCCAUCGGGGACGUUUAAGGCCAGCCAAGGCGAUGAAGGGUGCGUCCAUUGCCCCAUUAACAGCCGGACAACUUCAGAAGGGGCCACAAACUGCGUGUGCCGAAAUGGAUAUUACCGGGCAGAUGCCGAUCCUAUCGACAUGCCGUGCACCACUAUCCCAUCUGCCCCCCAGGCCGUCAUCUCCAGUGUGAACGAGACAUCUCUGAUGCUGGAGUGGACCCCACCACGAGACUCGGGGGGCCGGGAGGACCUGGUCUACAACAUCAUCUGCAAGAGCUGCGGCUCUGGCCGUGGGGCAUGCACACGCUGUGGGGACAACGUGCAGUUCGCCCCACGCCAGCUGGGCCUGACGGAGCCCCGCAUCUACAUCAGUGACCUGCUGGCCCAUACCCAGUACACCUUCGAGAUCCAGGCAGUGAAUGGUGUCACCGACCAGAGCCCUUUCUCCCCGCAGUUUGCAUCGGUGAACAUCACCACCAACCAGGCUGCUCCUUCAGCUGUGUCCAUCAUGCACCAGGUCAGCCGCACCGUGGACAGCAUUACCCUCUCAUGGUCUCAGCCUGACCAACCCAAUGGAGUCAUCCUGGAUUAUGAGCUGCAAUACUAUGAGAAGGAUCUGAGCGAGUUAAAUUCAACAACAGUGAAGAGCCCCACCAACACUGUGGCAGUGCAAAACCUCAAAGCUGGCACCAUCUACGUCUUCCAAGUGCGGGCACGUACUGUGGCUGGGUAUGGCCGGUAUAGUGGCAAGAUGUAUUUCCAGACUAUGACUGAAGCUGAAUACCAGACCAGUGUCCAGGAGAAACUGCCGCUCAUCAUCGGCUCCUCUGCGGCAGGACUGGUGUUCCUCAUUGCUGUGGUCGUCAUCAUUAUUGUAUGCAACAGAAGACGGGGCUUUGAGCGUGCAGACUCUGAGUACACCGACAAGCUGCAGCACUAUACCAGUGGCCACAGUACGUACUGCGGCCCCCCGCCAGGCCUGGGGGUCCGCUCUCUCUUCGUGACUCCAGGGAUGAAGAUCUAUAUCGAUCCGUUCACCUACGAAGAUCCCAAUGAGGCUGUCAGGGAAUUUGCAAAAGAAAUCGAUAUCUCUUGUGUCAAAAUUGAGCAGGUGAUUGGGGCAGGGGAGUUUGGUGAGGUGUGCAGUGGGCAUCUCAAGCUUCCUGGUAAAAGAGAGAUCUUUGUGGCCAUCAAGACCCUGAAGUCUGGUUACACGGAGAAGCAGAGACGGGACUUCUUGAGCGAAGCCAGCAUCAUGGGGCAGUUUGACCACCCCAAUGUCAUCCACCUGGAGGGAGUAGUGACCAAGAGCUCCCCAGUCAUGAUCAUUACUGAGUUCAUGGAGAACGGCUCACUGGACUCCUUCUUACGGCAAAACGAUGGGCAGUUCACAGUGAUCCAGCUGGUGGGCAUGCUGCGGGGCAUCGCCGCAGGCAUGAAGUACCUGGCCGAUAUGAACUACGUGCACCGGGACCUGGCUGCCCGCAACAUCCUGGUGAACAGCAACCUGGUCUGCAAAGUGUCUGACUUUGGCCUCUCUCGGUUUCUGGAGGAUGACACCUCUGAUCCUACCUAUACCAGUGCACUGGGUGGGAAGAUCCCCAUACGAUGGACAGCACCUGAGGCAAUUCAGUACCGAAAAUUCACAUCGGCCAGUGAUGUGUGGAGCUAUGGAAUAGUCAUGUGGGAGGUGAUGUCGUAUGGCGAGCGGCCUUACUGGGAUAUGACCAAUCAAGAUGUGAUAAAUGCUAUUGAGCAGGACUAUCGGCUACCACCACCUAUGGAUUGUCCGAAUGCCCUGCACCAGCUAAUGCUUGACUGUUGGCAGAAAGAUCGAAACCACAGACCCAAAUUUGGGCAAAUUGUCAACACCUUAGAUAAAAUGAUCCGAAAUCCUAACAGCCUGAAAGCCAUGGCACCUCUUUCCUCUGGGAUGAACCUCCCCCUACUUGACCGCACAAUCCCAGAUUAUACCAGCUUCAACACUGUGGAUGAAUGGCUGGAUGCCAUCAAGAUGAGCCAGUACAAGGAGAGCUUUGCCAGUGCUGGCUUCACCACCUUUGACAUAGUAUCUCAGAUGACUGUAGAGGACAUUCUGCGAGUUGGGGUCACUUUAGCAGGACAUCAGAAGAAAAUCCUUAACAGUAUCCAGGUGAUGAGAGCACAGAUGAACCAAAUUCAGUCUGUGGAGGUCUGAUAGCAACGCGUCCUCCUACUCCUCUUCCUUGAGGCCCUACUCCCCUUUGCCCUUGUAUGUCCGAACUACAGUUCUUGAGUGUUCUACGUGGACCAGAGACAGGCAGCUGCUCUGAGGAUCAUGGCAACAGGAAGAAAUGCCCUGCCAUCAGCAAUGGGAAGUCACCAAGAGCUUCUAGAAUUUAAGCAAUGGAAAAAGGGAACAAAAAAAGACAACUGUUUUGAAAAAAAAAAAAAAAACAGAAAAACAAAAAAAAAGAACAAAACCACAAACUAUGAAAUAUUUUUAAAUAAUAAUAAAGCAAUUGUGUUCUUGAAAAGGGCUCCAAGACCAAUGGGAGUCUCCAAAGGAAGAGAAGAGAGCAGCUUCAUCUGUUUCCUCUUGCACAAGGCUGCUGCAGCUGGGCCCAGCACCUCUGGAGCAAUGAGACUUCUUCAAGAAGAUGAAUGCAAAGCAAGGUCCCAAGAAGCACUUCUCUUUCUCACAUGGGCUGGUGGCUCUGGGAAUGGCAUGCGGUCAGCGGUCCUUCCCUAAAGCCCCUGUUAGCAAAUCAAAGGGGAGAGAGAGCUGAAGCUCUUUGGUGCUGUGGAGCCAAGUGCAUCUCAGAAAUGGGUGGACUUCUUAAAAGAUGAAGACUUUUUCUAAAAAAUAAAAAAAAAAACAAAACAAAACACAAAAAACCCCAACAAACAAAUAAACUGAGACUAGAAGAGGCUGUUUCCGACAAUUGAGAAGGAAUCUGUAAUGCUUCAGGGGGUGGGGAUGGGGAAAACCAAUCCUUUUUACAUCUCUUACUUUCUCUUGUCAUGGAACGGUUUUGUGAGUGACAGUUUCCUAAGGGUCCGUCCAUCCACCCUCCAGUGGCAUCAUUGUCUCAUACAUAUCAUAUGCACAAGACUUUUAGUGAUGUCCUCACUAGAUGCCAAUGAUCUUUCCCCAGAAGACUUCCCAAGUACAGUAUGUAGUAGUUUUUGAUUACAAAUGCUGAUGUGUACCUUUAUUUUUCGGUUGUCAUUGUUGGGAGAUUUGUCCUUUUACCUUCUUUUGUUCACACCAGAUUGGGAGUUUGGGGUUGGAAAUUUUUGGUUGGUUGGGGUUUUCUAAUGAAAAAUGACAUCUCCAAGCAUCAUAUCAUUCAAGAACUUAAACCCCUUCCCCGGGGAAGGAAAUUUGCAGCUUAUUGACAAUAUGCCAGGAGAAUUGGGUUUUUUUAUAUGCACAUUUCCUCCCAUUUGCUUGUUUGUUAUUUUGCAAUUUGUCACAGCCCGACCGACGUUUCUGAUGUUGGGUUUCCAGUUGUUUGCCAAGAUAAAAUGAUCACCCACUCGAUUCAGGGUUGCUGGUGCAGGGCUGAGCAGCAUCGUAGGGUUUGGGGAGGGAGCUGCAGGGGAGAGGGAAAGACAGGGGAGGAUGGAUGGGUUGUGGGAGGGAAUGAUAACUCCACAGCUGGCUGUCAGAGCCCUUUGGAAAUGCAAUGCCUGACUGCUUAGAAAGGUGUCAUUGGUGUAUGGACCACAGAAAGGCAGGGUAAGCCCCGACCUCUAAGAGGAGCUCACAGCAUGUGGUUUCAUGGAAUGGGAAUUGUAUUAGCUGCCAAGUUGUGGAUGGUUCACUGCAGUGAUCACACUCUCUGGUGCUCUGUGCCGUCUGGGGAGCCCAGUCCCUUCGUUAGAUGAUGCGCUGGGGGCUCUGAAACAGCUUCAGACUCAGCCAGUCGCCUUGAGGAGAGCCUGGGAUGGCAAAGGCAAGACUUCUGAUGCAGGAGCCCAGGUCUCCAGAGGCAGAAUGCUGUGGUUGAAGCUGAAUGAUCAGUCAGUGGCUUUAUAAAUAACUGAAAUAAAUACUAUAGUUACCGAC